AUAACAGCCGUUCACCACUUUUGUUACAAAGUGACUCGUUUAAUUGUCGUUUAUUAUUUGGAAAUGUAAAACUUUUCAUAGAUAAUAAUAUAUAAAUAUAGAUAAUAUUUUUUAUCUAUGCAACUUUUGUCCGUGUGAACGACGUGACGUGCCGUGUGGUUAAUAGUGGUCAUCUUUUUUAUAGCUAUGAGCUAAAAUAAAAUUUUGUAUUGUAAUUUUGAAAUUUUAUCUAUGUACAAUGACACCAACGGCUUUAGUUGUAAGUAUUUUUUUUUUAAAAAAUACAAAAUUGAUCAAGUGCAUAAUACUUACAUUAUUAUGUAUUAUUUAUAUUAUGUGCCAAUCUACCAAAAGCAGGGCAAAUUAUGUGCGAACUGUGGAUGUUUCAUUCCAAAUGAAUUAAAACAAAAUCAUAAAUGUCAACGACAAAGUAAGAACUCAAAUUGUACAUUUAAGUAUUUGUCUACACAAUUUUAGAUUCAACUCAUUUAAUUGUUAUACAAAGUAAAUAAAAUUACUAAGGGGUUUAAUUCAUAGGUAUAGAUAAGAAUAUAUCUAAUCAUAUAUCAUACAUCAAUAAUCACUAUAAGUCUAAAUUGUAUAGAUAUACUUAACAAUAUUUAAAUAUACUUUUUACUUAUAUUAUCUAAUGUUUUAAGUUCGUUAUUGUAAAAUUAAAAAUUAUUUUAGAUUAUACUUCAGACCAAACUUUAAUUGCAUGUGUGGAAGCUCGUCGUCCAUUAUGGGACUCUAAAAUGCCUAAGGUAGAAAGAACCAAUGAAAUAAAAGAUCAACUUUGGUCAGAAGUUCAGAAAGAAUUAAACGGUAAUUACUUUUAUUUUAUUUAACACAACAAUACUGUUAACAUACCAGUAUUUAUAUUUUAGGCAAGUAUGAAAUCCAUGUGCUUGCAAAUAAGUGGAAAUAUCUCAAAGAAGAAUAUACUAGGCGCAAAAACUCUCAGGCGCAAAAAAGGCGUUCUGGUAGUAACAAAGAAUGGGUGCAUAUGAAACAACUCAAAUUUUUAGACAGUAUUGGUACUCGUAAAUCGUUAGUACCAUAUUACCUAUUUGAAAUAUAUGUUUACUUUCAAUUAUAAUAUAUUUUUCUUUGGUCAAUUAGGAAUGCAUUGUCUACACCUUCGACAACUGAUAUUUUUGAACCUGAAACUUCAAUUGAUGAAUCUGUCAAUUUUGAAGAUAUAUUAAAAAAUAAAAAAAGUAAUAUUCUAUAUAAAUAUUGUAACUUAAUUCUUUAAAAUAUUCAAUUUUUUUUAUUGUUUUUUUUUAACAUUGUUUAGGAAACAGACAACAAGACGAUAGUACUCAAGACAAUAGUACUCAAGACUAUAGUAUUCAAGACUAUAGUACUCAAGACUAUAGUACUCAAGACUAUAGUAAUCAAGACUAUAGUAAUCAAAGCAAUGUUGAGCUAAUAUUAAAUGAGUUAAAAUCUUCCAGAUCACUUAGUUCACCACCUCCAGCCCCAACUAGUGAUGAUUUGUUUUGUAAAUACUUAAGUAGUAUUAUGGCACAACUUCCCAAAGAAAAAAAAUUAAAAUUGCAAUCUAAAUUUAUUAGUGAUAUUAAUGAUGUUAUUAAUGAAAGUGAACAUUAGAGAGUUUCAGUUUAUAGUGUAUUUAUUGAUGUUAAGUACAUUUAAAAUGUUCAACUAUUUAAAAAAAAAAAAUUAAUUAUGAGUGUAUACAGUGGCGGUUCCAUAGUAGGUCGCAGCCACACUAAAAUCUUCCUGAACUACGAAUAGUCCACCCAGUAUAGUUUCAUAGUAUUUUGUGUGUUAAAUAAUAUUUUAAAAUAUGCAGAAAUCAUAAUUAUAUUGUUUUAAAAUUAUAAAAUGAGCCCAAAUUAGUAAAAUAAAUCAAAUCUCUGUGUUAAAAAAAUGUAAUACACAAACUAUAUUAUAAAACAAUGGUGACCAACUACGGCCCACGAUCAUUUAUUAAUUGGCUUACCAAAGUAUUUAAUCAAAAUUGAAAAAUGAAAGGCCCGUCGAGAAUUUUUUUUUAUGGCUUCUCUGUUAUAAAAGGUUGGUUACCACUGUUAUAAGCAGCAUAGCUCACUACCAUCAAUAUGGGUAUAAUAAUUGUACUUUUAGAUUUCUUAUAGAAAAAUAUUUCAUUAUAAUAUAUGGGUAUAACUUUUUUUUGUUAACCUGAAAUUGUAACUGUCUGAUAGGCAAUAGAUAAAAAAAAUUCUUGUUACGCCACUAGCCCUCCCUAUAAAUUGAUGGCCUCAGCAUAGCCACCCAGACAACAAAUCUGACACUACCACUGAGUACAUACCUACUUAUUAUAAUUUAUUAAAAGUAACACUAUUGAAAUUUUUUUUAAAAUUUUAAUUUACUGUAUAAUACAAAAAAAAUAUUGUUUUUAAUUUUUAUUAAUAGUUCAUUGUUAAUAAAAUAAGAUUGUUUUGUAAAUAAUUAUUGUUUUUCUUUUAUAAGUCCUCAAACUUAAAAUUUAGGUAUU